UCUCGGUCUUCAAAUUAUUAAAAUGAAAAAGAAAAAAAAGUAGUCGUAUAAUUAAGAAAAGGGAUGGCCUAUAGUAGAAAAUAGUGGUUGAUUGUCUCGCACUUUAGGCAGUUCGUAGCCCAUGAUAAUUAAAAAUACACAGCUACUUUUAUGCAGAAUAAUGUGCUUGGAUUGUAGGACAGAGUGCGCUUGAUUACAGGAGCUGACCACUUGUUUUUAAGUUGGACAGACUUCUUAAUACGGGAUCCAAUACUUUUGCCCUUUACAAGCAAGUACCUACAUUAUAUUUCCAGCAAAAAUGGCGAAACAAUUAUAAAAAUAAAAUAAAAAAGCAUAUAAAUACUAUCUAAAUAUUAAGAAUUUUCCCGAGAACAAUAGGCUCUGAUCUCAAGAACUUUGUCUUCAAUUUUUUUUUAGUUAACUCUGACUAUGACUUUCCAAUCUCCAUUUAAAAGUUUGUUUAUACCAAUGUCAAACUCAUGGAAUCUCAGCCUAUGAACAAAGCCGAUUUCAGGUAAAUCAUCAUGUAGUUGCCCGUUACAGUCUUACUCAUUCUGUAUUCAACUGUUUCAACAGUCUGAGAAGUUAACAUUUAUCUGAAACUCUUGCUAUAGAUUAGAUUAUUAUUGUUCAUUUGUUUUAUAGUAUGUUCUAUUUCAAUCAUUAAAAAUCAUUGGAUUCGUAGUUCAUCAAAAAAUUCUGUUAUUUCUACUUGUAGUGGUUUGCUUAGUUCACUUUCUUAAAAGAAAUAUGGCAAAGCAAAGUGUUGCAUUGAAGUUAGGAACAUGGAGAGGAAUUCACAGUUCACUCAUACUACUGGGCACGCUUAGUCUUCUCAUUUUGGUCGCCACUUUCUCCAAAGUCUACUCUUUCAGAUUACUCCUUCUAUCUAAUACCGUAUGCAAUCAAGAACCCAGCCGAAGCCAAAUCAGGACCCAAAUCCAAGUUCGAGAAACUCUUGAUAAAGUUAUUAAGAAGAUCCAGACAGAGAUUCAGGAGAUUCAAAAUAGACCAACUACAGAGUCUUCAAUGAAACAAAAUUCAUUUUUGGCGGAUAUAUUGGGUCUUAUCGAGUCAGUUCAAGUAUCUUUGCCUGAGAUUCAAGAGAAUUCUCAACUCAACCCUCCCAUCAAUCAAAGCCAUCAUUUGUUAGGAUCCAAGCAACUAUCUGAUGAGCCAGAGAAUCAUUUUUUGAUCGAAGAGAUUCGUAAGUACGUGAAGAUGAAACCCAAUAGGCUAGGGAAGCAGAAUUUCAUGGGGGCUAAUGGAACUUUUACAAGCAUUGGCCAUGCUUGUUUCGCCAUGAGAAAAGACCUCGAAGAGUACAUGGAUUAUGACGUUGGUGAUUUCUGCAACGAUGACUGGAAACUAGCCCAGAAGCUGAUGGUUCAUGGCUGUGACCCGCUACCUCGAAGGAGAUGCUUCUCCAGAGCCCCGCAGCUAUACGACAAGCCGUUUCCCAUAGAAGAGUCGAUGUGGAAGCUCCCAAACAACAGAAAUGUCCGGUGGAGUCAGUACCGAUGCAAGAACUUUACCUGCCUAGCGGCCAAUUCCACUGGAAAGGGGUUCUUCAAGUGCGCAGAUUGCUUCGAUCUCUCGAAUCACGAGAUGCCCAGAUGGGUUAAACUAGAGAAUCCGAAUGAAAACACUUCAGAUUUUCUUGCACACCAAGUGCUCGAGCUAAAGCCUGGGGAGAUUAGAAUUGGAUUGGAUUUCAGCGUUGGGACUGGAACUUUUGCAGCCAGGAUGAGAGAAUUGAACGUGACUAUAGUUACGGCUACUAUCAAUUUCGGGGCACCCUUUAGUGAGAUGAUAGCUCUUCGGGGACUGGUCCCACUCUACUUGACGAUAAAUCAACGGCUGCCCUUCUUUGAAAACACUCUUGAUUUGAUCCAUACCACAAGAUUUUUAGAUGGGUGGAUUGAUUUUGUGCUGCUGGAUUUUGUUUUGUAUGAUUGGGACAGAGUGCUUAGGCCGGGGGGUCUCCUGUGGAUUGAUAGCUUCUUUUGUUUGAAGGAGGAUUUGGAUGACUAUUUGGAGUCGUUUAAGAUGUUAAGAUAUAAGAAGCAUAAGUGGGUUAUAGUACCAAAACUUGAUAAGGAUGAUCGAGAGGUUUUCUUUUCUGCUGUACUUGAAAAACCGCCCAGACCAUUUCGAAGCUGAGAGCAUUUAUAUUUAUUAUUGAACUUACUGCAAUGGGCUUCCCAAACAAAACAAAGAACGGCGGGCCUCAUAAGAUGAGAAAAUUCCGAACGGUAUUGAGCCGUGGGCCUGAGACCAUUAUGCUUCAGCUACUACAGAGCUACACUGAAAAAGUAGAGUGGGGAUGAAGUUUUCAUUCUUGCAAGUUAUAUCAACAUGUUGAUUGUGACAUAUUUGUAAGUCCCGUAUCUCUCGACUGGGCCAGCCCACAAUUAUAAAGGAAAAAAGUUGAGAACUACCUAUUUUUUUUUUAGGAGUAGUUAACUAAAAUUAGACACU